CUAAAAUGGAAACGAUGGAUGUGCCGGAUAAGCUUCAUAUCCAAGAAAAUGAGGAUUAUGAAUCACUUCUCUCUACAAAUGAUGAACCUGUUAUGUACUCAGAUAAAUGAUUUAAGAUCAAUGCACAUGGGCAGUCUUCAGAGAGAGAUUUAGUGUUGACAACCAAGCAUAUUUACAAUCUAUCUGGAACAAAGAUUAGAAGGAAGAUAGUAAUCACGGAUAUUCUAGCAAUAAUAAAGACAUCCUUUGAUAACCAAUUUAUUUUACAUAUGCCUAAGGAUUAUGACUACCGAUUUGACACGAGCUCGAGGGAUGAAUUCAUCAAACUUCUGCAAUUAAGGUUCGCAAAUCUAAAUCCAGUUGAUACUCUAAAAAUAUAUUUAGUCGAUGACGAAAUUGAAAAAUAUGUCACUCCGAUUAAGGAUAAAUAGGUAUGGCAUCAGCAACCUCCCUCCUCCAAAUAAAAGAUCGAAAGUUGAAGAAUUAGAAGGAUCUGCAGACCUAAACGAAGAGGGAGAUUGAUUAGAGAGUUUGUGUCUUGAAGAAACCACAGAAGACUCGGCUGAUUACAGAGUCACUGAUGAUUUUAGUAACACCAACUCAAGAGAAAAUGGUCGUGAUGUUGGGAUGUUAGAAGCGGAGGAAGCCAAAGAAGCUGCUUGUUUUGAGCAAGAUGAACUUACAUGUCGUCAAUCUGUCCUGAUUUUCACUAAUAAGAAAAGUACCCAAAAAGUAUUAUCUCUCGAAAGUUUUAAAAUCCUGACUGUAUUAGGCAAAGGAACUUUUGGCAAGGUUUACUUAACUGAAUUACUUGAAAACAAAAAGCUGUAUGCAAUCAAAGCUAUCAGAAAAGAUGUACUCUUAGAGACUGAACAAAUUGAGAAUACAAAGCUCGAAAGAGACAUCCUUCUCGAAUGAGAUCACCCAUUUUUAUGAGGCAUGGACUAUGUUUUCCAAAAUGAUCUCAGAGUCUACUUUGUGAUGCCCUUCGUGAGAGGGGGAGAGCUUUACAAGCACUUCCUCAAGAAUAAAAGAUUCCCUGAAGAGCAAGUGAAAUUUUAUGCUGCCCAAAUAGCAUGCGCAAUUGGAUAUUUACACUCAAAGGACAUCUGACAUAGAGAUAUGAAAUUGGAAAAUAUUUUAAUGGACGAAGAAGGAUAUAUCAAACUUAUAGAUUUCGGUCUUGCCAAGAUCUUAAAGGACUCAGAAAUGUCCCAAAGCUUUUGUGGAACCCCAGAAUACCUCGCUCCUGAAAUGGUUAGUCAAAAGGGACAUGAUAAGUCAGUAGAUUGGUGGGCUCUUGGGGUCUUGAUUUACGAAAUGCUGAUCGGUGUCACACCAUUCUAUAACCGGAGCAGGAAUCUAAUGCUGACAAGAAUCCAACAAUCGAAAAUAAUUUUCCCUAAUAAGAAAAAGUAUAAAAUUGAAUACUCUGAUGAAGCGCAGGAUAUAAUCUGUAAACUCCUUGCAAAGAAAAAAUCUAAAAGAUUAGGCUCAAUCGAUGACAUGGAAGAGGUGCUCUCUCAUCCAUGGUUCUCAGACAUCAAUAUCGAUGAUCUUCUUGAGAGAAGAAUCGAGCCUCUAUUCAAGCCUGAAUUUGAUGAUGCUACAGAUACAAAAUAUUUUAACACUAAGAUAGAUUUCACUAGUACUGUCAUCCCAGAAGAAAAGCAGAAGGAGGUUGAAGACAAUAUCGAUCGAUUCGCAGGAUUUGAGAAAAAUUUAAGUAAAUUUUAAUGUUUCU